CUCCGGUGACAUUUUCUCUCAGUGGCGCGCAGGGCGGGGAGCGAGGCAGGCGGCGGUGGCGGUGGCGGCGGAGACUUGGCCUCGGCCCCCCAUGUCCGAGCUGCUCCCCCGCGAGGGGGAGGCGAAGAGGAGCAGCGGUGGCGGCGGCAGCUGCCGCACUGGUUGCUUUGCUGUUGAAAACCUAAUCUAGUUCUCCCAGUCCUCUAGACUCCAUGCUGUGAGACAAAGGAGGAGGUUGGAACUCCUGAAAUGAAGAUGGAGGCGGUGGGAAAAGUAGAAGAACUCAUUGACUCAGAAGUCUCAGCAAAACUCUCUGAAAAACAGGAGGCAGCUCCUGGUGAAGAUGGACCUGUAGAACUAGACACGUGUGCUCAGAAAGAUAGUGUACCCAUUGUAGCAGAUUCUGUGGUGCUCUCCUCAAUGCCGUGCUUACUGAUGGAACUGAGACGGGACUCCUCGGAGUCUCAGUUGGCCUCUACAGAGAGUGAUAAGCCAACAGCAGGCCAAAUUUAUGAGAGUGACUCUUCUAAUCACUGCAUGCUUUCCCCUUCUUCCAGUGGGCAUUUGGCUGACUCAGAUACGCUGUCUUCCGCAGAAGAGAAUGAGUCCUGUCAGGUUGAAGCUCCUGUAGAGGGAGACCCUUCUGGAGUUUCUGGGGCUGCAGUUGGGAGAAAAUCCAGACGAUCCAGGUCUGAAAGUGAAACAUCAACUAUGGCUGCCAAGAAAAAUCGACAGUCUAGUGAUAAGCAGAAUGGACGAGUCACCAAGGUAAAAGGUCAUCGGAGCCAAAAGCACAAAGAAAGAAUCCGGUUAUUAAGACAGAAGCGGGAGGCAGCUGCUCGCAAGAAAUACAACCUGCUGCAGGACAGCAGUACCAGUGAUAGUGACCUGACCUGUGACUCAAGCACGAGUUCAUCAGAAGAUGAUGAAGAGGUUUCAGGGAGCAGCAAGACAAUCACUGCAGAGAUACCAGAUGGACCUCCGGUUGUAGCUCAUUAUGAUAUAUCGGACACGAACUCUGACUCUGAAGUGGUAAAUGUGGACAAUCUAUUGGCGGCUGCAGUAGUUCAAGAGCACAAUAAUUCUGUAGGAAACCAGGACACAGGAGCUACCUGGAGGACCAGAGGUCUACUAGAGGAACAGAAUGCUGAUACAGGUCAUCUGGAUCCAGGUUUCCUAGCAAGUGAGAGAACCUCUUCUGGCAAUGCACAGAUCAAUGAAGAAAUUAAUAUUGCCUCUUCUGACAGUGAAGUAGAGAUUGUGGGAGUUCAAGAACAUGCAAGGUGUGCCCAUCCUAGGGGAGGUGUGAUUCAGAGUGUCUCUUCCUGGAAGCAUGGCUCAGGCUCGCAGUACAUUAGCACUCGGCAGACACAGUCAUGGACAGCAGUGGCCCCCCAGCAGAAUUGGUCUUCACCCCCAGAAGUAGUUGAUCUCACUUUGGACGAGGAUACCAGACGCAAAUAUCUACUGUAAUGCAAUGUCACUGUGUUUUUGCCCCCGAUCCCUUCCCCUCUUUAUGGCACGGAAGUUCAUUGUUUUAGCUUCAGCUUCAGCUUCAGCAGCCUGUGGACUUCAAACUCCUGGAGAACUUCCUUUUCCAUCAGAAUGCAGUGUCAUUUUAAUAUCGCUUCAAAUAUUUUACCUUCUCAAAGGAGGAUUUUUCCUAAUAUGAAAACUUGAUAGCACUGAAUUUAAAUGACACCUACCGUUAUGGAUUGUGUGUGUUAAUCUAAAGAAAUAAUUGUGCAGACAGAUACACGCUCCCAUCCUCUCCCACCACUGAUAUCAAAAUGAUUUUAAUUUACCAGUAAAUUGAUUGCUUGUAGAAGCUAGUGUUUUUGCUGUGUGAGCAUCAGAGACAGUGAUCUGAUCUUGAGAGGCGUUGAGCCCCCUCCAUUGAUUUCAGUGGAACUACAAGUGCUCGGCCCUUCUGAAAAUUGGACCAACAGUAUUUACCCAAUUUGAUUUGGUUUCUUCACCAGCAAGACUGUCGUUUUAUAGAAAGGCCCAUAACAUGUGCACUGGACUUUUUAAUUAAAGGUUUGUUUUCUAUGUAAUUUAUAGUUUACAUUCUGUUCAGUGCUGUGUCAUCUGUCUUUCUUGGCUACAGUGUUUUACUAGUCGUUUGCCACAGCAUGUUACAUUUCUUUUUCCAAAUAGCAAUGACUUGAUAGCAGCUGAUCAGCACAAAAGCAUAAGAAAAUAUUAAUAAAAAGACCCAGCAUCCCUGCCCAUUUUAAAGGGAUCUGAAUCCCUUGCAUUAUAGGAUCCUGCUUUUUUUUUUUAAACCAUGCCUCUCAAUCUUCCUUCUGAAAGGUUCCUUUUGUACUUCACCUCUUUCCUUCAAUCAUCUUCUCCAAAAACUAACUCUGUCAGGCCCCAUUCCAGCACAGCACUUAAGCAGAUGUGUCAUUUUAAGCACCAGAGUAGCCCCAUUGAAAUCAACGGGGCUACUCAAAUGCUUAAAUCUGUGAAUGCGCUUAAGUACUUUGCAGGAUCAGGACCUACGCUUAUCCUUUGGUUUUAAGUAGUUCUGCCCCAUUUGCCUAUUCUGAGGUCAUGUUUUCUAUCCUUGUGUUUGAACCUCUCUUAGGGUCUGAUCCUGCAAAGACUUACCUACCAAAGCUGGGUGUAUACCACAGUGAAAUCAAUUGGACUAGACUCUCUAGUAAGCAUUAGUCCCUAUAGUAAGUAGAAGUAGCCCGUAAUCACUCUCACUGGCUCCUGUUCAAGGUAAAAACCAAAGACUAAACUUCAAAAGAAGAGGAUGUUCACUUUAAAUUUCUAUUGUGCAAUUGAAAUGUGUCCUUUUGUAUUCAAAAUACUUGUAAUGGAAUUUUUCUACAGUUCCAACGCAGAAUUUUUACCAGAUAGGGUUACACAGCAAAUAGAAAGGAUACCAUGAGUCCUGAUCUGGUUGACUUGCUGUCAGUUUGCAAGAGUGCAGGGUGGCUUCCAAAAAUUUGCUGUAUGGACAAGAAUUUUGCCUUUGGUAGCACAGAUUUGUCAAAAAAAAAAAAAAAGAUUCUGGUAUUGUUAAUAGUAAACAGUUUGCUUUGCUUCAAAAAGUGGAAAGGUUGUGACUGCACUUUAAAGAGCAACAAGGUAAAUGAUUUAUGUUCUGUUUUAAAAUAUUCUAAAACAUUAAAUGGUGAUCAGCGUGUUGCAUGACCAUAACCUGUAAGAUGUAUUUGGUGCUUCUAGUAAUUGGUCUCUUUGUUUGGGGGUGGGAGGGAGUGUAGUGAAUGGAUCCAUACUCAUCGCCAUAGAGAACUGUCCUGUAAUGUUGGUACACUAUAUUAAUAGUGACUAUUGAUCUUUUUUCCUAAUUGGUUAAUUACAUAACUCAUCCAUCAUUUUAGCAGAUUAGCACCAUGUUGUACGUUAACUGAGAGAGAUGAUUUAGUGUGGCUGCUUUUUACUGUUUCAUGAAGUUGUCUUUAAAAGAUCAGUUUCUAAGAAAGCUGCAGGGACCCAUUUGUAGUCCUUCCAUUUAAAAAAUUGCAAACAGACUUUCUGUUUCUCAGUUUGUAUAUGAUGUGACUUCCAUGUAUAUAUAAAAAUGACUGCAUCCUAACCAAACUUCCUUCAAUUGUGCACUGUGUUUGUUUUAAACAAAUCAUGUAUUUUAGUCUGAUGCUGGUUUUCUUUUAUUUAAAACACUACAUAUUUCUUUUAUUCUUUUAACAAAUGUUAAAGGGUAGUGAUCUAAAAACCACAAUCACUGGAUAGCUAGGAAGUAUUUCUUCUUUCGUUUUGGGGGAUUUUUUUUUUAAGAGAGCAAAAGGUGCCUGGACAAUUUUGCUCUUCUCAACAGGAAAGUGAAAUGUUAGCCAUUGUAUGGCUAAGAACGAAUGCACUUGGGGCCUGAUCCCAAAGCCCAUUGAAGGCAAUCGGAGGCUUUCCAUUGACUUCACUGGGCACUGUCUUAAGCCCUUUAUGGUUCAGCAGUUCUAGAGUUUGAACUUUUAAUCUUCUGCAGUGGAGACAAAUCAUUGCUUAGAAUUUAAUGUUUAAAAUGUGCAACUCUAGUUAAAAAAAAAAAAAAAAAAAAAAAUCUUGACACUCAUUAUUUAGUUCUCAUUUUCCAUCUAGUAUUUAAUGGUCUUUGGAGGAAAAAAUAAUAAUAAGAGUGUUAUAUAGAUAUAUAUAUA